AUGAAGGUCACGCGUCCAAUAUUUCCGCGGUCAGCGAGCGCUUUCAAGACCUCGCGACUCCUGAUACGUCCAAAGACUGAAGCUGAUGCGACCGAAUUCCACAUUCUGAGGACUCAACCAGAGGUCAUGAUCUUCACCUCGGCGGGCGUCGUCGACAGAGACCUUGAUGCCACUCGCACAUGGGUAAAUAGAUUCAUUCACCCAAACAAUGCAACAACUUUCAGUUUCGCCGUCGAAGAGUUGGCUUCUCCAGGGGUCAUCAUUGGGACCGUGGGUGUCCACAUGAGCGAGCCGCCAACCCUUGGAUACUUGUUUCGCAAGGAGUACUGGGGCAAAGGCUAUGCGACGGAAUCUGUGAUUGGUUGGCUAGAGCAGUAUUGGAAGCUCCCACGUCGCGAAUUGGAUCUGCAAGAUGAGAUGCCAGAAAAGCGCCGGGUACCUCAAUCAGCUGGGGCCGUACGCGAGGUGCUGACCGCCGAAGUCGAGGCUAGCAACACAGGCAGCAUCAAGGUCAUGAAAAAAUCCGGCUUCCUGCCGACAGGUACCCAGGAGGAGGUCGAAGACUUCAGAGGCCCAGCGGUCCUGGUUCACUAUUACAUUGCUCGACCAGAACCAAUCAAAGACUAG